UUACAUUGAGGGUCACAAGGUCAUCAGUCUGGCCAAUGAAAUGUUUGGCUUCAAUGGCUGGGCUCACUCAGUCACUCAGCAGAAUGUUGACUUCGUUGACCUCAACAAUGGCAGGUUCUACGUGGGUGUCUGUGCUUUUGUGAGAGUUCAGCUUAAGGAUGGGUCAUACCACGAAGAUGUGGGGUAUGGAGUCAGUGAAGGCCUGAAGUCUAAAGCCUUAUCCUUAGAAAAGGCAAGGAAGGAGGCAGUAACAGAUGGACUGAAGAGAGCCCUCAAGUGCUUUGGCAAUGCCCUUGGGAACUGCAUCCUGGACAAGGACUACCUGCGAGCCGUCAACAAGCUGCCCCGGCAGGUACCCCCUGAGUUAGACUUGGUCAAAGCUAAAAUGCAGGACUAUGAGCCUGAAAUAGAGCAAGCAAGAUACAGCAGCUAUGUGGAAAGGCAGAGUGCAGCAGGGAGACAGCCCUGUGAGGUGACACCUGGCUGCAAGCCUGGCCAGACAGAGGCUGCUGUUGUGACAGCAGAUCAGAAACAGCCCAGUGCUCCCAGGAGCACAGACUCCUUGGCCAUGGAGUGUGAUGCCACUUACCAGAGGAAGCUGCGCCAGAAGCGGCUGCAGCAGCAGUUCCGGGAGCAGAUGGAGAAAAAGCAGCAGGUCCCAGGAGUCACUGCCAGCAGCAAACAGGCAAAAUGUGAUGCUCCUGUGAAGCACAGCACUCCAACAGAAGUGCAACAGGAGCUGGCCAUAGAAGAGGAGUUCUUUGCAGAUGAUCCUGAACUUUGGGACAUCUCCUUGGAGAGCACUGACCUGAAGGUGACGGGUGCCAAGAUGUCAGAGCCCUCAGGGGCUGCACAGCUGGCACCUGGGACACCCCGUGGCCAGCAGCAGAGGACACCCCACAGGGGGAACCAGCACAGAGCUGCUGCCAGGCUGGCACAGCUGCAGGGCCCUGCUGCAGCCCCCUGCACCAGCUGUGCCCCCCAGCACACCCCAGGGUGCAGCCCCAUCAGGAGAAGUCAGAGCUUGAAGAAAAGGAGACUGGAACCCACGUGAGGGAUCUGUGCCUCUGUCAUGGAUUACAGCACAAGGCUGCAGCUGCCUUUCCAAAUUGUGUCACAUGGACUCUGCUGCACAUUAUAGUGAAGCAACAGAAAAGAACUUCAUGUACUCUAGGUUAUUAUGUACUUCAGAUGCCUUUCCCUAUAACCACACCAUUAUUUGUGCUUCUGCAGCACGAGACUUGUGGCCAUAUUACAUUGGGUAUUACCUGUAAACUGCCUUAAGCAGUAACAGAAUGGAUUUUGAAAAUGAGAUGCAGCUCACAGCUUGUCUCUCCCUCUGCUACAUUCCAGCACAGAG